AUGUGUCGAUAUACUUUGAGGAUCGACAUACUUUUCGAGGAUGACUUGACCGCUGAAGAAAUCCAGACGGCUUUUGGAGAGAUGGGUGCCUCUACUCGGCCUAUAUCGGGAUGGAGCGCGUCGUAUGACGAUAUUCUCGUAUGUCCGAAAGACGGGAUAAUAUUACCCUUGCGCGCCACGUGCGGAGUAGACCUCGAAGAAGAAGCAGACUCCAAGCAAAGCUACACCGCGGAAGCGUUGGGCUUGGAAAUAAUGAUGGGCUAUACUCGGCCCAAAGCAUGCUCACCCCUCGCUUUAGCAAACCAGAGGAGGAAACGUGUAGAACGAGGUUCGCACAACGACCCCAGAAAGACCUUGGGCAAGUCCGAGAUUGGGAAGAUUGUAUAUCAAAGACCGCGUUGUCACCACUGUGGAACUACAUGGUUUGACUACAAUUCUCUCCGGAUCCACUUGCACACCUCUCACGGGUACUUCGAUGCGAAGUUCCAGAGGAGGGGUGGAUUCAGCGCAUUGCCUGCAGUACCCGACGGGUUUCAGGCUCGCCAACCGUCAACAAAGUUUGGAGAGUUGCUCGAGGAGGGGGAGAACGAUAUUCCACAAGAGGAAGAGUUCAUCGUAGUGGCACCCACACGCCCCUUCAACCGCCGAGCUUACCUGGAAGAGGGAGACGACUCAUGGCUCAGGGAGGCGAUUCGAUUCUCUUCGUUAUCAAAACCUCCAAUUGCAUUACCCCAAUCAGCAACCACAACCAGAGACACUACUCGCGAACUGGAAGUUAUCACUAGCGACCCGGCUUGCUCGAGUGUAACUACGCCGGGUAGUGGACGAGUGACUGAUACGAUGGCCAUGGAUGUAGAUGAGACUUCUGCGGCCGCUAUAACAGUUGUCGGCAAAAUGUCCCGCGUUGAAGAAGGGGGUGUGGAAAUGAAAAACAUGACGGCCGUCUCUGCCCAGAAACCUGCAAAACAACGCGUACCAAGCUCCCUACACCCGUCCACAAAGCCGGUCUCCCUCAGAACACCAACGCGUCCUACAGCACCCCAUAUCUCCAGCAACCCCAAUUCGAUAAUAGGCGGAGGCUCCACAACAGUCACCUUCACCCUCGACCAACUCUCCAUCGCCGAAACCACCGACAUCGAGACCGUAACCCCAACAUCCCAAUCCACCAACCCAUCGACUUCACAAGGACCCAACAACCGCAUCCCCUUAGAACGGAACCGCAGGAAACCCCACCGCAUCCUCACCGUCCCACACUCCUCAACAACCUUCUUCCACCCGCUAACCUCGCGGCCCCUCAUCCCAGGUGAACCCCUGCCCCCGGACGACAACGACGAAGAUGAAAACGACAUGCCCAUCGUCGACAUGCAAAGCAUCCACCGCAUCCAGAGCAACCCGCGCCUCACAGACGCGCAGAAGGCGUUCCUGACGCUGUAUAAUCCGUUCAUGAGGCGCGAGCGCGUGGGCGGUGCGUGCCAUUUACCCGGUGCGAUGGUGCAGUUUGCGAGGUGGAUGGUUGCGAAGGGGGUGUUUGGGAGUGGGGGGAGGGGAGAAGAGGUGUGGAGCGAGUUUAGGAAGCUGUUGGGGGAGUUUUGUGAAGCGGGAUUACUGGGGAAGGAGGUUGUAGGGGAGUGUGAGGGAGUUGUUUUGGAGGCGUUGGGGGGAAGAGAGAACUAA